CAUACUCCUGUCCCUCCUAAACUUCCGCUCUGAAUACUGAUUGCCCCUCCGUCUCUCCCCCAUUCUCUAAACUAUUCAUUUCUCUCAUUCAUCACAGCGCCAGACCUGUAAUCUGAGAAUGGCGUCUCAUGAGAAAGGUCGGCCAUUGCCGAAAUUUGGGGAGUGGGAUGUAAAUAAUCCUGCCUCUGCUGAUGGAUUUACAGUCAUAUUUGCCAAGGCUAGAGAUGAAAAGAAAGCCACAGGAACUGCUGCAUCUGCUGCACCAUCACAGACUGUAUCUCAACCAAGCGAAUCUUACGAGUAUUCUGAAAAGUUUGGUGAUGAAUUCUGCUACUUUGAUGCAGAGAAAGUGGCUUUGCUGUUUCUAAAAUGUUUGUGCAUGUAUUGAAGCUACGAAUUGGGAAACAAGGCAUUUGAUGGAGACAGAGUUAAGUUGGCCGGUCGAAUCAAGGGAAGUGAAAGCCUGAAAGGCAGUUGCAUUUUAUUAAUUACUUUUCUACUAAGGUAUAUGUUACCUAGUUCUUCAGAUCUCUCAGUUUUCCCUAAAUGCAUUUUGGGGAAAUGAUGAUUAACUUUUUAAUAUAUGAGUCUAGAAUAAAUUAAGCAAAUUAUCCUGUUAAAUCCUUCUACUCUAAUUGCAAAAACUAUAAAAUACUCAAAUUAAGAAAGU